GUGUACUUCAUUAACAUCUUAACACUUCUAAUCCCUAUCCUAAUUGCCAUAGCUUUCCUAACAUUAGUAGAACGCAAAAUUUUAGGCUAUAUACAAUUACGUAAAGGCCCUAACAUUGUAGGACCCUACGGAAUUCUUCAACCAUUCGCCGACGCCAUAAAACUAUUUAUUAAAGAACCAAUACGACCACUAACAACAUCAAUUACACUAUUUAUCAUUGCCCCAACCUUAUCCCUCACACUAGCUCUAAGCCUAUGAAUUCCCCUACCUAUGCCUCACCCACUAAUUAACCUUAACUUAGGAAUUCUAUUCUUCCUAGCUACAUCUAGUCUUUCAGUAUAUUCUAUUCUAUGAUCAGGAUGAGCCUCCAACUCAAAAUACUCAUUAUUUGGUGCUCUACGAGCAGUAGCCCAAACAAUUUCAUAUGAAGUCACCAUAGCUAUUAUUCUACUAUCAACCCUACUAUUAAGCGGCUCAUUUUCUUUACAAACAUUUAUUAUUACUCAAGAACAUACAUGACUAAUCGCCCCAGCCUGACCCAUAGCUAUAAUAUGAUUUAUCUCUACAUUAGCAGAAACUAACCGAGCUCCUUUUGACCUAACCGAGGGAGAAUCAGAAUUAGUCUCAGGAUUCAACGUCGAAUACGCCGCAGGCCCAUUCGCACUAUUCUUUAUAGCUGAAUAUACUAACAUUAUUCUUAUAAACGCAUUAACAUCAAUCAUCUUUCUAGGCCCUAUUCACAACAUCAACCUUCCAGAACUCUACUCAACUAACUUCAUAGCAGAAACCUUAUUACUUUCAUCCGUAUUUUUAUGAAUCCGAGCAUCAUACCCACGAUUUCGCUAUGACCAAUUAAUACAUUUAUUAUGGAAAAACUUCUUACCACUUACACUAGCAUUCUGUAUAUGACAUAUCUCUCUCCCAAUAUUUAUGGCAAGCAUUCCACCAUACCUAU